UGUGGGCUACCAUAGGCACACUGGCCCUUCCAUGACGUCCCGCACACUCGUCUGAGCAGUGUGAACACGUCCGCCACGUCCGCCCGUCCUCUUGGUGAUGCUGUGCAGUUGAUUGAGCAGCACGUGCGCCUGGAGCAGUGGCGGAAACAUGACCCCCGGGCGUGUGUGGCCCCCACGAAGGACACUCCGCCCUGCCGCAGGAUCUCCCAAGGCGCUGGACUGACCGCCCGAGAGCCACCUGCUACGAGAGGCGUCGCCGCCGUCGGAGAGCGAGCGCGAGACGCGAUGCGAACGCCGGCGGACGCCCCCGCCGUCAGGCCGUGGGCGGCGCGGGCGCAGGGCUGGGUAGCGGCGCUCGGGGUGCUGUGGGCGUGCCUCGGGCUGCGAGGGAUGGGCGUGCGGGCGACGCAAGCCCAGUUCGGGCCCCAGUGCGAGGAGAUCAAGAUACCCAUGUGCCGCAACAUGCCCUACAACCUGACGCGGCUGCCCAACCUCCUGCACCACUCCACGCAGGAGAACGCGCAGCUCGCCAUCGACCAGUUUNAGCUGCUCCGCUGGACCAAGUGCUCGGACCAGCUGGAGUUCUUCCUGUGCUCGAUGUACGCCCCGAUCUGCACGGUGGACUUCGCGACGGAGGCGGUGCCGCCGUGCCGCAGCGUGUGCGAGGCGUCGCGUGACGGCUGCGAGCCCCUGCUGCGCCGCUUCAGCAUCCCGUGGCCCGAGAGCCUCGAGUGCGCCCACCUGCCCGUCUACGACCGCGGCGUCUGCAUCACGCCCGAGGCCAUCAUCACCGCCGAGACUUCGCCAGAGCCGGAGGUAGAGGAAGGCCCUUGCGAGUGCCUCAGGCGACCGAAACUCCGGGAGAAGAUCUACAAGAAGAGAGGCUUCGAUUACGUGCUCCGAGGGACCGUAAAGAGCGUGGACACCUUCGGAGGACUCACCCUCACGACAGUGCUGGUGAGCCAGGUGGUGCGCGCCGGCCGAGUGCGCGUGCUGGCGGGCGAGAGCGCGCACCUGUGGACCAACCGCUCCUGCGCCUGCCCCCCCCUCGCCCUGGCGCAAGACUCGCUGCUGCUGGGCUGGGAGGACUUCGCCAACAGCCGCCUGCUGUACCUGGAGGGAAGCAUCGUGGUUCCUUAUCGCAAGAGAUACGUCAAGAAGAUUCAGGCUUGGGACGGCUUCACGUGGAAACCUCCCUCGGCCACGCCCCUGCCGACCCUCCCAUCGCCCAACAUCACGAUAGGCGGAGCGAUGGGCGGCAAGUCACGCCCCCAUCCGCCGUCCAUACAAGUGGGCAACACCUGCGCCUCGUACCCUGGAAUCCGCUUCGAACAAACCACAACCACAAUGGAAGAGGAUACAAAAUUUAUCUCAUAA